AUGGCUACCCCCUUGCCUACCGAGGAGCGCCACGAAGAGGCUCCCACCGUGACCGCACCAACUACACAGGAAUCUCAGCCGCCAAACACCGACCCUGCGCCAGAACCAGCGCCAGCACAGUCACAGAAAGCAGCUGCAGAUGAUGACGACGAAGACUCUGACUUCGAUGAGCUAGAUGAUGUCCUCGACGACUUCAACAAACCCAAACCCGCCCCUCCCGCACCUUCCACCACCACAAACCCGGAUCCCUCAACUGGAGUUGCACCCCCAGACUUCGACGAAGAUGCCUUCCUCAAGCAACUUGAACAAGACAUGGCAAACAUGAUGGGACCAGGCGGGGGCGCCAGUAGCAGCUCAGAUCCCAAUUUCCAAGCAACGGUCGACCAAGGCGCCGAUGUAUUCGCAAAACAGCUCGAAGAGAGCGGGAUCCCCCCAGGCGAUUUCCUCAAACAGCUACUCGCCGACGUGAUGGCCGAGGAGGGCGGUUCUGGAUCCGGAGCUUCAGCAGAGAAUCUUGCUGCAGCCGCGGCCGCGGCUGGCAUCUCGGCUCCUAGCACUCAGGGUUCCUCUAGUACGCCAGCUGCAGGCGCAGAGCAACCGGCCGACUCGUUUAACGACGCCAUCAAGCGCACGAUGGGUCGCAUGAAAGAAAGUGGUGAUAAAGCUACCGCAGCAGCAAGUAACGAAGAUGAUAUCUCGGAGGAUAUGCUGGCGCAGCUGCUCAAGGCCGUUGAGGCGGGGGCAUCUGGUGCUGGUGAAGAUGGAGAUCUGUCGAAGAUGUUCAUGGGCAUGAUGGAGCAGCUGUCAAAUAAGGAGAUGCUGUAUGAGCCGAUGAAGGAGUUGGAUGUCAAGUUCGGUCCGUGGAUUGAGAAGAAUAAGGGCACUGGCAAGGUUUCGGCUGAGGAUAUGGAGAGGUUUGAGACUCAGGCACGGGUUGUCAAGCAGAUUGUGGUGAAGUUCGAGGAGAAGGGAUUCUCGGAUGAUGAUCCCAAGUGUCGAGAGUAUGUGUGGGAGAGGAUGCAGGAGAUGCAAGCGGCUGGAAGCCCGCCUGAGGAACUCGUUUCGAAUCCCCUCAUGGAAGACUUCGGAGGUGCUGCGGCUGGUGCUGCCGGAGUGCCCGAUUGCCCGCAGCAGUAA